ACUCCCUCACUGCUUUCCCAUUCAAGAUACCCCUUUCCCGCAUACUUUCCGUUCGACUAAUACCGUGAUUCGCCUUUGCUGAACGACCAGGACGCUUCCAUCCAAGUGGAACCUCGGUACAGAACAUCGCUCUCGACUCUGUAGAAAAAAGCACACGCUGGAGCUCGCUGCCCCGCCUUUUAUUGUUCUACCCCGCCAAAAACGCCGUAACACCAACUCUCCCAACUACACACAAACCAACCUCAACGCCGACUUCCAAAGACACACAACACACACCGCCAAACAUGUCUGAGCACACUUACAAGUUCAACGUCAGCAUGAGCUGCGGCGGCUGCUCCGGUGCCGUCGACCGUGUCCUGAAGAAGCUUGACGGUGUCAAGUCCUACGAGGUCUCUCUCGAGAGCCAGACCGCCACUGUCGUCGCUGAGGAGAGCCUGCCGUACGAGAAGGUCCUCCAGACCAUCGCCAAGACGGGCAAGAAGGUCAACUCUGGCAGCGCCGACGGCGUCGAGCAGAGCGUCGAGGUCACCGCAUAAAUUCGAUACCAAACCAGUCGAACCGAACCGAGCCGGGCGUUAGGAGUCGAACGAACGAGAGCCCCCGAAAAUUAAACAUGCUUUGUUCGAUCCAUUCUGAGACGGAGAAUUUCCAGUCUACAGGGCACGCUUGGGACAUGUGUGCAAUAUACCUAGAGGACAACGCAACGCCUGGGGUCUCACUUUUUCGUUCUUACGGAAGUCAAUGAAAACAGAACGAGACGCACGCGAGGCUGCCGUCACUCAUCUUUACUUAAGAGUUCUUGAUGUAGAAGACUUGAGCUGGGAAUGCUCCAUAAACCACUCC